AUGUCAUCAUGGGCUACUUACAACAACCCAAUGCCAGGGCCAUUCACUCUUGAUUGGGAUCCCAAUGGACACCAAUUGCAAAUCAGGCGACAGGGGGUGCUUUAUUGGACUAGUGGAGUCUUUACAAGCAGUAGUAAAACGUUUGAAUUUAUUUCGGCUGAGGAGUCCAAGCUGAGGUAUAAUUUUAGUGUAGUUUCAAAUGAGAAUGAAGACUACUUCACUUACACUGCUGUAGAUCAUGAUCAAAGUGAUCAGAAACCACAAUGGGUGCUAACCUUUAUGGGGAGCUUUCAUGACGGAUCCUUUAAUUUCGCACAAGCAGAGGACUGUGAUGGCUAUAACACAGUUGGAGGGUGUGUGAGAGGAUCGGCCAAGUGA